UUUAUACCCAUCGAAAUUGUCAACUUUCAUAUCGAAGUCGACAUUUAAAUCCAUUAUUAAAUACCAAACUAUAUUCAUGUUUAGAGUUUUUCAAUUUUUUUCCACUCACUUAAUCAGAGAGACUACUAUUCAUUUCGUUAUUUGCUCAAACAUAAGAUCUCCUUGGGAGUACUGCGUGAACGGAAUUUCCGUCCAUAUGUUAUAAGAUAUAUUGUAUAAGGAUUAUUAUUUUGCCUUUUUAAACUGCUAAGCAUAAUUAUAAUGGAAAAACUAUGUAUAUCAUAGGACAAAACAAACUUGGCAAUAUAUUAAUCUAAAUACUGUUUAUUUUUUUAGUUUCAUUGCAAGGUUAUAACAUUUAGAGCUCUAUAUCCAACAUAUCAUAAGAAUAAAACCGACUUAUGAUAUCAUUUUUAUGUAAACAAAAGAGAGAAAACAUUGAUUUUUUUUAGUGGAUCAGAGUAGGGAGAAUUUUUUCGUACAAAGUUAAUUUACAAUUUUAUUUAAUAGUGACUUAAUUAUAACAUCGACCUUGAUGCAAAAGCCAACGUUUUUGACAGUGUAUAAGAAAAACUGGCGACUUCGGAAAUUAAGUUCGAGUUCAUUUGUCUCUUACAGGUUUCAUAGAAACACCGCAAACCAACUAUCUCGAAAAAUGGUCUCCAAAACCGCUAUUAUCGUUCUUUUCGCCUUCCUGGCUGUUGCUCUGGUAUGUUUUAAACUUUUUAGUAUUUUUUCGAUAUACUACGUGACAACAAUUACAGAGAUAUAUUUUUUUCAGGCUAAGCCCGCUGAAAAUCCUUUAGGUUCGAUAGAUUCAUCCGGCAUCAAUGCGUGAGUCAAAUUUAUAUAAAUAAAUAUAAAUAAAUAUAUAUAUAUAUAUACUAUAUAAAUACUCCAUUUAUUUAUAUAUGCUAAAAUUAUGACAGCGUAAUCGACAAUUACGAUCUGUUCAGAGUGCGAAAUGGAGUCAAAGUCGUGAGCAAGGGUUUCUCUGACACCUAUGAAGGCACGAAGCAGAGUGUAGACAACACCGUCGAGUCCACCAAAGACUUGGGCCAGAAGGGCAUCGAGACUGGUUUCAACAUCGGCAAGAACAUUGUUAGAACUUUCACCAAGCCUGUCGAAUUAAUCAGCAACAUUGCUGGAAAUAUUGGAAAGUAUUAAUCAUAACGAUGUUAUUAGAUUAUGCGUUAACUUGACUAACUGUUUUGAAGAGUCUAACGACGAUCUCUCGUAUGUUUUGCAUAAAAUAAUUUCAAAAAAUGGAAUAUAUGGUAUCACUUUUUAUUUAUUCAUCGCUGCCUUCAAAAUGUUUCGAUCAAAAACGCUUUCAUGCGAAAGAAGUAUACAGCUUCUAAAGUUAAUUAAAAUUUAUAUAUUAGUUGGAAAAUAAUACGUUGUUAAAUGAUUCAUUAUUAUAAUGAACAAAUUUACCUUGAAAACUUAACGCAAAAGAACUGCAUAAUAUUAUCGUUCGAUUUUAUUCUCACUGGACCUUAUAUUAUCUUUAAAAAUAAUCGAUGACAUGAAAUUUAUGCGAAAGGUGACAAUGUAGACAGUAUAUAAAUGAGGAUCUGAGCCUUCGAAGAUCAAGUUUAAGUGCAAAUGUCUCUUAUAAAAUUUUAAUAUUAACACUGCAAAUCCAUUUUCUGGCAAUAUGGUCUUCAAGAUUGCUAUUAUCGUUUUCUUCACCUAUUUAGCCGUCGCUUUGGUACGUAGUUUACAAAUAUAAUUUGUCAUUUAACUACAAAAACUUAACUAUAAAAUGUUAAGUUGUAAGGGUAACUAUAGAAUGUUAAGUUGUAAGGGUGUACCUCAAGGCACUAUUUUGGGACCACUCCUGUUCAUUAUCUAUGUAAAUGACUUGUUAACUGAUCGGAAUGAAAAUACUAUCUCAUAUGCUGAUGAUACAGCUAUUAUUGCAACUGAUGACACUUGGGAGAAGGUUGAAAGUAAAAUGAAUAAGUACUUAGAGGAUGUAAGUACUUGGCUAGAACUAAAUAAAUUAUCCUUGAAUGUAACAAAAACUGUGUAUAUAAGUUUUGGUAAUUAUAAAGAUAGUGUUCCAGUUGAUCUGGACAUUUAUAUACAGGGUAAUAGAUUAAGCAGGGUUGAAUCGUGUAAAUAUCUGGGUAUUAUAUUUGACUAUAAUUUAAAAUGGGAUAAACAUAUUGAGUAUAUAAUAAAGAAAACCAAAUAUAUAUAUAUAAUGUAUAAAAUGUCGAAAUAUAUGCAACAGAUACACUCAAAAUGAUAUAUUAUGCAUUCUUCCAUAGCAUUAUAAGCUAUGGAAACAUAGCAUGGGGUGGUGCUUAUAAAAAUAAGCUCGACCUACUACAAAGGGCAAAAAAAAGUAUUUUAAAACUUGUAAACAAGAAUAAAUUCGAUGAAGAAAGUCCUUUGAAUAUGAAACAAAUUUUUGCAUAUGAGUGCGUAAUAUACCACUAUAUUGAUCUCGAGAAAUUAUAUGUAAUGUCCAGCAGUGUAACUAGAAACAAACUUAUAAUACCGCCUAAGAGCUCUAAAGCAGUUAGUGGUAAAAAUAACUACAUAAGAGCGAUACAAGUAUACAAUUGUCUUCCAAAGAACAAAAUUAAUCUUAAAGUCUUAGAUAUUAGCAAAAAAUAUAAUAAGAACAAAAUUAAAAAAUGGAUUAAGAAAAAUAUAUUAUAAAAUUAAUAGUAUAUUACAAGCAAUAUUUGAAUAACAUAAUUAGAAUCUGUUAUGGUUUUGGGUUUUGUUAAAAUUGUUUGAUUCUGUUCAAGAUUUUCUGAAGAUCUUGGAAUCUAGUUUUAAGUAGUUCUUAAGUAGUUCUAAGUAGUAUGUAUCAUACUGGACCUAUGUUCAGGUAGCUGUGUCUACCUCUAUAGGAUGUUUUGGCUGCCUCGGACAUAUCAAGUAUGUCCGGAGGUUAGCAAACAUGUAUUACAUGUAUAACUUAUGUAUUACUUGUAUUACUCUGUCCAAACCUGCUGAUAAUCCCAUGGAUUUAUUUGCUUCAAACAUUCCUGGCCUAAAUGCUGCACAAAGUGGCCUUGGAAGUGUAAGCAAAGGAAUUUCCGAUACUUACAAGGAAGCGCAAGAUAAUGUAGGCGAACCAGUUAAUUUCUUCCGAAGGAUAGCCGAGAAUGGCAUAGAAGAUGGUAUGAAUAUUGCCGAGAGAGGAGUAAGACUUUUUACUUCACCCUUAGGUAACCUCAGAAAUAUUGCUGCGAAUUUCGGAAUAUAAAAACUACUAGUUAUAUAGCUACACUGUUUGAUAAAAUAUA